AUGUGUUCAUCCGGAGUCGAACCCGAGGAUACAACGCAUGGUAAACCGAUGUGGUACAAGUACCACGACGAAUUAACAACCUCAGUUUCGAAGAUGGUUCGUUCCACCGAUCUUCGAAUACGAGCUUACAAGCGAGUGUUGCUCCAACUGCGACACAAAAGACCAGCUGAUAAAGAGGAUGGUGAUUACUAUGAAGGCGUCGCAGACGUGGUGGAUCACGGGAGAGUUCAUGCUAUCUGGACAUGGACCGUCGAUCGAGGAGUGCCUGAGUGUCGUGCAUGCUCAGCGAGUUCCGGUCCCACAUCUCCCUGCCUAUCACCCGACACAACAGACGCGAUGAGCGUCGCCUUUGCUGUUGGAAGUCCUCGCCACACCUCCCUCAUUGCUUCCAUGCUCGUUGAUCCCUGCACUGGCGCUGAUCUCUCGAUAUUUUCUCUGUGGCACACAGACCUUUUCCUAUGGCAAGCCCUACAUCAUACCAUAUGCGUCUCAGCAUGGUCGUCGCCACAGACUCGGACGUAUCUUAUACCGAAAGUACUCGCCAGUAUGGACAGUUUGCGCUCUCUUUCUUUUCCUUCUUUUUACAUCCACACCGUGCACCACCACUCAUCCACAUCAAGUUUGUCCACACUCAUCCGUCUGCGCACCCGACUAUCUCUCUUUCCCAUGCCGCCUCUGUUGUCGCUUCCGUCCACUUCUACGCCGACUCAACAUUUAUUCACGCAUACAUCCGCCACUUUGCUUCCUAAUCUCGUCAACUUGCAUGGCCCGCCACAUCUGAUCUUCCCCCUAGCGCCAUCACGACCUCUAAUCGACAUGUGGAUUACCGUAUCCAUUUUGAGCGAACAGUUUCAGCGCUCACUCGGACUUGCAGUACUGAAGGGAGACAAGACGAUUGUGUAG